AGUGAGGACGCAGCGCUCGGCUCGGGAGGAGGCGGCUCAGGCGGCUCAGGCGGCUCCCUCCGGUUCCUCUCUCUCCCCGCUUGUGCGAGCAAAGGAUGGGAGGGUCCCUUUGGCCCUGGACUGGAAUUUCUUCUGAAUGAUUGACUGUCUUCCCACUGAGAUUGCACUGUCCCAAAGCCAACGAAGAAGAUUGAUUUUUAUUUUUUCUGCACCAUUCGGCUGCAUUCGAAGUUAGCCGUUUUGUUUUUUUUUCAUCUUGAAUUUGGAUUUUAUCUUCCAACUUUUUUCCCUGUGGUUUAAUUAAAGACUUGAACUUUGAACUGUGUUUCAAGAGAGGAAAAAAGGAACUUGGAAAGGACUUUUCUGGAGUUCAAUCAGGAGAGAGAAAAGUUCUUUCAAAACCUCAAAACAUUGGGUAGAAAGUCAUGAUACGUUGGCAACAUUUCCCUUAGAAGGUUCAUAUGGCAUUUGGACUCAUUCCCUCUGGAUUUUGUAUGGGUAUUUUUCAGCGCUCGCAACUUAGUGGCCUUUCUGUUGCAAAAGAGGACAUUCAUCACCAUCUGCAUUGGUAGACCAAAAAAACCCUGAUUAUUUUAAACGAGAGAUUUUAAAAAAACACAAAUAAAGCCCCACAUUGGAGUGAGACAUGGCUGAAAACUGGAAGAACUGUUUUGAGGAAGAGCUUAUAUGUCCGAUCUGCCUGCACGUCUUUGUGGAACCUGUCCAGCUUCCUUGUAAGCACAAUUUCUGUAGGGGAUGCAUAGGAGAGGCUUGGGCCAAAGAGGCAGGGCUGGUGAGGUGCCCCGAAUGUAACCAGGCCUACAACCAGAAGCCCAACCUGGAGAAGAACUUAAAGCUGACCAACAUCGUAGAGAAGUUCAACUCGCUCAACUUAGAGAAGACGCCCUCAAUCUUACACUGUGUCUUCUGCCGCCGGGGCCCACCUUUGCCUGCCCAGAAGAUCUGCCUGAGGUGUGAGGCUCCCUGCUGCCAGUCCCACGUCCAGACACACCUGCAGCAGCCCUCCACAGCCCGUGGGCACCUCCUGGUGGAGGCGGACGACAUCCGAGCUUGGAGCUGCCCCCAGCACAAUGCCUACCGGCUGUACCACUGCGAGGCCGAGCAGGUUGCCGUCUGCCAGUUCUGUUGCUACUACAGCGGGGCCCACCAAGGACACUCGGUCUGUGACGUGGAGAUCCGGCGCAAUGAGAUCAGGAAGAUGCUGGUGAAGCAGCAGGACCGCCUGGAAGAGCGUGAGCAAGACAUUGAGGAGCAGCUGUACAAGCUGGAGUCGGAUAAGCGCCUGGUUGAAGAGAAGGUAAACCAGCUGAAGGAUGAGGUGCGUCUACAGUAUGAGAAGAUGCACCAGAUCCUUGAUGAGGACUUGCGCAAGACUAUGGAGAUCCUAGACAAGGCCCAAGCAAAGUUCUGCAAUGAGAAUGCUGCCCAGGUGCUCCACCUCAGUGAGCGCAUGCAGGAGGCCAAGAAGCUUCUCAGCUCUGUUCAAGUCAUGUAUGACAAGACCGAGGACAUCAACUUCAUGAAGAAUACCAAGUCAGUGAAAAUCUUGAUGGAUAGGACCCAGAACUGCACAGGGGGCAGUCUUCCACCUCCCAAGAUUGGGCACCUCAAUUCCAAGCUCUUCCUCAAUGAGAUUGCCAAGAAGGAGAAACAGUUGCGAAAACUUCUAGAAGGUCCCUUCAGUACCCCGGUGCCAUUCCUGCAGAGCAUCCCAAUGUACCCUUGCAGCGUCAGUAACUCAGGAGCCGAGAAACGCAAGCACUCCACAGCUUUCCCGGAAGCCAGCUUCUUGGAGCCUUCCUCGGGACCCGUUGCCAGCCAGUACGUGAGCCAGGGGGCUUCGGCUGGUGAAGGCCAGUCUGCACAACCCAUGGUGCCUUGUAGCUCCACCCAGCACAUAGUAGGACUCCCCAGUGGCCCGCAGCCAGUUCACUCCGGCUCGAUGUUCAACCCUUCCCACUACCCCAACAGCACAUCAUCUCAGCAGUCUGUGCUGUCCCAGUACGGUGGGCGCAAAAUCCUCGUCUGCUCUGUGGACAACUGUUACUGUUCCUCAGUAUCCAACCACAACGCGCAUCAACCAUACCCGCGGUCGGGCCACUUUCCGUGGACAGUGUCCUCGCAGGAAUACUCGCACCCGCUCCCUCCUGCUCCAUCUGUACCUCAGUCGCUCCCGGGAUUGGCAGUGAGAGAAUGGAUUGAUGCAUCUCAGCAACACGGACGCCAGGAUUUCUAUAGAGUUUAUGGCCAGCCUUCCACCAAACACUAUGUCACCAGUUAACCAUCUGGUUUGGAUAGCAUCCUGCUGAUUUUUAAAGAUUUUUUUAAAUCUAGUUUUUGUUGUUGUUUUAAAUCGAAUCCAUUUCCAUUGUUCCCUACCACAUGCCAGAGUCAGAGAGGCAUUGCUGUCAUCUCUAUUUUUAAUUUAAUUUUUUUCUUCCCCUUGUAUCAGGUUUUGGGGGGGUUGCGGAAGAAAUUAACAAGGAUUUCAAUCAAUCGUCUACUUCUGGAUCAUGUGACACUACUACUUUCCAGUUUGGAAAACUCUUAAAGGGACAAAUAAUCCUUUUCUAUCUCAAAGUCUCUGGGCUUUUUUGGUUUUGCUUUUAAAUUUUCUUUUUUCCUUCCCAUUUUUAAGAGGAGAAAAUUUCUAUCAUUAAUUCAUUCAGAAAUGACACUUGUAGGUUUUUUUAAGGCUGAUUUUUUUGUGUGUUGAAAGGCCACGUAUUGUGCAUAUUGGCAUUUUUCUUUUUUUUCUUCUUCUUUCAGAGAUUUGUAAAUACACAAUGGCAGGAAAUGAAAUGCACAAAAAAGGGAAAAGAAACAUAAAAAAAAGAAAUUAAAAAAAUCUGUUUUAGUUUCCAGGAGGGAAGUGUGUGUCAAGUUGCACACAUUCCUUCCUGUGUUUCGUUGAUGCAACUUCCUCUAACAAGCACUUUGUAUUAAAAAAAAGUGGACUUCCUGUUAUAAGGCGCAGGUAUUUAUUCUGUAACCAAUUUUAGAACACACACAAAAAAUAUUCAAAUAAAUGUGAUCACUUAGUGCAAA